CUUGCAGACUUAAUUUUUGACAAAGGCGGGCGUUACCACAUUGUAUUGUACAGAGGUACAUCCCUAGUUCCUUUUAUUAGUGCAAACCAUUAGGUAACCGUGCGUAAUAAGGUUUCUAGAAACAUUUGAUUAGAAAACAUUCCCAUCGGCAUGACGCAAACUUAGCAAUUUCCUCAUUAUUAGUCCAAAUCAACACCUGGUUUUUAUUGCAGCAUCGCACGGUCGUUUUAAUUGUUUUAAUACGGAAUUUCGAAGAUACUACCACACAAUGACGGACGCUGACGACGGUACGUUGAGCACUCCAGUGGCAACCGACACUCCUAUUGCUCCCAUUGCUCCGGUUGCCAUCUUCAAGAAACGAGGCGCAAGGGGGAAGGCAAAUAUUAGAAAACGCCCGGCAACACCACCGCCUGCCGAUAGCGACAGUGACGAUUAUACAUCAUCCGAAGACGAAACGGGGCAACGUGUGAAGCGGCGCAAGAAGAACACCGGCGUGAUAACAGCUUCCUCCAAGGAUAACACAACACACACCAACCAAACCCACGGCGCUACCGUCUUUGAGGCCGAUCGUAGUGUUCCCAUCACGAGUACAAACGACGCCACAAAACAGACCAAUUGGUUUGACGAAGAUGCAAACUUAUUAGGGAAGACCCGACCUCUCCCCAAAUCCAAAGACGCAGCAGCAGAGCCUCCUACGCAACCCGAUGGAACUUAUAAAGGCCUUGCCAACCAAACCAAAUUCAUACAGAAGAAUCCGAAUGCCCCCAACCGGACGGUCGGACCUAUUAAAGCCGCCACCAAUAUCCGAACCAUCACAGUCACCGACUUCGCGCCCGAUGUGUGCAAGGACUACAAGCAAACUGGCUUCUGCGGCUUUGGAGAUAACUGCAAGUUCUUGCACGCCCGCGAGGAUUAUAAGCAGGGCUGGCAGCUGGAUAAGGAGUGGGAAAGCGUGACUAAAGGGAAGAAGAAUCUUGGUGGAAAAGUGGUGGCGAGUGCCAAUCGCGGCGCAAAUGCUGACGACGGCGAUGUGGAUGCGGCUGAGGAAGCCCUGCUAGAGAAAAUUCCGUUCGCCUGCAUCAUCUGCAAGGGGCCGUACAAAGAACCUAUCGUAACUAGGUGCCAACAUUACUUUUGCCUGCCGUGCGCACUGCAAAGGUACAGGAAAGAUCCAAGUUGUGCUGCGUGUGGUGCUGGUACGGGAGGUGUUUUCAAUACUGCAAAGACACUCAGCAAGUUAUUGGAUAAGAAGAAGGAACGGCAAGCGAAGAAGCGACAGAAAGCCAUUGAGGCAGGAGAAGAAGUUUCCGACGAGGAAGACGUGCCGGGGAAGUGAAUAGCCCGAGUCUAGUAUAAAUGCCGUUGAAACCAUCUCAAAGGCGAGACAUUGAUGGAUUGAAACCUAACUAGAUACCAAAAUAACUAGAGGUAUCUAAGUAACAGUAUGAUCAAGGUAUACAAGUCUAAUCGGUCACCAGCAAUAUGUAGAUCCUAAGGUGCAUUCAAUGAGUGGCUGAUAAAUGCCAUGCACUAGGGACAUAUAUAGAUAGGUAUCCUUCCAGGGAAUAAUUGAUCCUCCAUGGAACGUGAAAACAUUGAUAAGAAUCAUCAGUUACCUGUCCUACAAGCAAAUCUACCUCAUGGCUUCCAUAUAAAUCCAUCCCUUGCUUCGCGGCUCAACACAAUAUGUUAGAC